AUGGCCUUCCGGACCUCCCUCCGCCUCGCCCGCACGGCGCGUGCUGUCCGCCCGACGGUGACCGUCCGCUCCUUCUCGCGGACCGUUGUCGCUGCCUCUUCGCUGCCCAACCCCGACCCGGCCGAGGACUCGCGCAGCGCCGCUCUUGUCCGUGAGCAUGCCCCUUUCAUGGUGGCCACCUACUCUCGGCCGCCGCCCGUCUUUGUGCGUGGCGAGGGCUCGUAUCUAUAUGAUAUUGAUAACCGCAAGUAUCUCGACUUUACUUCGGGCAUUGCGGUCAAUUCGCUCGGUCACUGUGAUCCCGAGGUGACCAAGCUGAUUGCUGAGCAGUCCGCAACUCUCGUCCACGCUUCCAACCUCUACUACAACCCCUGGACGGGCGCCCUCUCCAAGCUCCUUGUCGAGCAAACCGUCGCCUCCGGCGGCAUGCACGACGCCUCUGCUGCCUUCAUCUGCAACUCAGGCAGCGAAGCCAACGAAGCCGGACUCAAAUUCGCUCGCAAGUAUGCCCGUGCGGUGGUCGACCCCUCGGGCGCCAAACACGAAAUCGUCUCCUUCCGCAACGCCUUCCACGGCCGCACCAUGGGCUCGCUCAGCGCGACCCCCAACCCCAAGUACCAGGCUCCCUUCGCGCCCAUGGUCCCCGGCUUCCGCGUCGGCGAGCUCAACGACAUCUCCGCCUUGUCCGACCUCGUCACCGACAGGACCGCCUCUGUCAUCGUGGAGCCCAUCCAGGGCGAAGGCGGCGUGCGCGCCGCCACCGACGAGUUCCUCCUGGCGCUUGCAAAGCGCUGCCGCGAGGUCGGCGCGCUGCUGCAUUACGACGAGAUCCAGUGCGGGCUGUCGCGCACAGGCCAAUUCUGGGCGCACUCCCAUCUUCCCAAGGAAGCCCAUCCCGACAUCCUGACGACGGCCAAGGCGUUGGGCAACGGCGUGCCCAUCGGCGCGACUAUCGUCAAUGCCCGGGUCGCGGAUGCCAUUAAGGUGGGCGAUCACGGGACAACCUUCGGCGGGAACCCGCUUGCGUGCCGGGUCGCGCAUCACAUUGUCCAGCGGCUGGCGGAUGUGAAGUUGCAGGAGGGGGUGAGGAAGAAGAGUGACAUCUUUAAGGCUGGGUUUGAGGAGUUGAGGAAGGAGUUCCCUGAGGUGGUGCUCGAGACGAGGGGGAAGGGUCUGAUCCUGGGUCUGCAGCUUAGCGAGGACCCGGGGAAUAUCGUGAAGGCGGCGCGCGAGAGGGGAUUGUUGGUUAUCACGGCGGGGACGAACACGCUGCGGUUUGUGCCGAGUUUGGUGAUGAGCGAAGAGGAGAUUCGGGAGGGGUUGGCGAUUUUGAGGGAGGCAAUUAAGGCGACGCGGUAG